AUGUCAUCACGUAGCUCUGGGGUGGCCUUAGGGCUUGGUUCCCAGCCCGGCUGCAGCGCCCGGCUGCCAGCGCAAAGGAAUUCCUUCCCGGCGCCGCAUCUCCGGCCACCGCGGAGCCGCUCGCUCGCCCUGCUCAGCCAGGAGGACUUCUUUGAGAGCUUCAGUGGGAGCUUCUGCGAUGUGAGCGAUGCUUUGGGGGCUGAUCUGCUGGGCUGCAACUCCCCCAUCCCCGACCCGCAGCUGGUCCGGAGGAUCGUGUCCCAGGUGGAGUUCUACCUCUCCGACGAGAAUCUGGCCAAGGACGCUUUCCUCCUGAAACACGUCCAGAAGAACAAGAUGGGCUUUGUCAGCAUCAAACUGCUGACGUCCUUCAAGAAGGUGAAAUACCUGACGCGCGACUGGCGGCUCACGCUCUACGCCCUGCAGUUCUCGGAGCUGCUGGAGGUGAAUGAGGAGGGCACCAAAGUGAGGCGACGGGUCCCUGUCCCCGAGUCCCUGCUGAGCAUCCCCCCCAGCAAACUGCUGCUGGCCUGGGAGCUGCUGCCCCAGGAGCAGGCUGCGCUGCUGCCGCUCCAGAAGAAUUUCCUCGAGACCAUCACGAGGAUGUUCAGUCCCUUCGGCGCCAUCGCCUCCAUCCGCAUCCUGCGGCCAGGCCGCAAGCUGCCCUCAGAUGUGCGGAAAUACACGUCGCGCUUCCCCGAGCUGCUGAGCAAGUGCUGCGCGCUGGUGGAGUACGAGAGCCUGGAGAGCGCCCGCAGGGCCUUUGAGGACCUCGGCCGCCAAAGCCGACCGGGCGGCGAAAGCAUCAGGGUGGUCCGGCUCUGCGGGAAGGGCUCCAAGAAGAAACCUGGGGCUGAGAGGGAGGCGGCGGAGGAGCUGGUGGACCAGCUGGGUUGGAAGGCACAGGCGGGAGGCCCCACGGUUCCCCGCGGCUCUCUGGAGUCAGACGGUGCCCUGGCGUCACUGCCCCUCCUGAACAAGGACCCCCCGGCACCUGCCUGGCCCGGCAGCGACUUCAAGCCCAGCAACUUGGGCAAUGCCUUCACUGGAUCGCUCCUCACCAGCAAAGUCUUCCCUCCACUUGAGACAGGCUUGGGCACCGGCAGCUGCUACGGCCUCUGCUCCAGCACCGAGAGGCCCCGUGGCUGCGGCUGGGGGAGCGGGGCGGGUGCCUGGGUGCCCUGGCACAGCAGCCCCUCUCCGGAUGCCAAAUCUCCUCCCAGUAACCCCCUGGCAGCGAAGCAGAUGCCUGAGCCCCUGGGCCUGCGGGACGGGGUGCUUCGCCUGCCCCACGGCCCCGAUGGCAGCAAAGGCUUCUGCAGCAGCAGAGGAGAGCUCAUCCUCCGGCACUGA